AAUCGCACAUCAUCAAAAUUCACCGUAGACGAGAUCCGUGUGAUGAUGGAGAAGAAGAGGAACAUCCGUAACAUUUCCGUCAUCGCCCAUGUGGAUCACGGCAAGUCGACGAUGACUGACUCCCUCGUCUCUAAGGCGGGGACCAUUGCCAGCGCCAAGGCCGGCGAGACCCAGUUCACUGACACUAGGAAGGACGAACAGGAGCGUUGUAUCACCACAGAAUACAAAACUAUACAGAAAGGAAAGUUGACUUUCCUGACGCAAAAAUCCACCAUCUUGAGAGAAAGUUCAGCAUUGUAAUAGUAGU